UCGGGUCAACCCGGUCUGGAUCAGUGGGCCAGACACUUUGAGAGUGGGGCCCCCAAUCCUUUAGUUGGAAAGUGGAAUCCUUUCCAUUAGGGAACAUUGGUAUAGAGUACGGUGCAAGAUUGCAACAUUUGAACCGGGCUAUAUAGUGUUUGAUAAACUCUAUGAAUCACUCCUCAGACAUAAAGAAGAACAACAAAAGAGGAGACAGUUUAAUGGCAAAUAAAAGAUGGCAUUGUUGCACACUACUUGAAGGUGUAAAAAUGAUUAGCAUCAUCUUAGGGUUGCUUUUUGCGCUUUGCAUUAGACAAUCUGUUGCUCAGGAAAACUACCACAAUGCUUUUCUGAAUCGUACUUCCUUUCCUCAUGGUUUCAUUUUUGGUGUUGCUUCUUCUGCUUACCAGUAUGAAGGUGCAGUGAAGGAGGAUGGUAGAGGUCCCAGCAUAUGGGAUACCUAUGUUCACAAGUAUCCAGGUAAAAUCAAGGAUGGUAGCAAUGGAGAUGUUGCCACAGAUUCUUACCAUCGGUAUAAAGAAGAUGUGAAGCUCAUAAAAGAAAUGGGAUUAGAUGCUUAUAGAUUCUCAAUCUCGUGGUCCAGGAUACUGCCAAAAGGAAAGCUAAGUGGAGGUGUCAACCGGAAAGGAAUCAGAUACUACAACAAUCUCAUCAAUGAGCUACUUAACAACGGUAUAAAGCCCUUCGUCACCCUAUUACACGGUGAUCUUCCUCAAGCUUUAGAAGACAAAUAUGGUGGCUUCUUAAGUAGAAACAUAAUAAAUGACUUUAGGGAUUAUGCAGAGUUAUGCUACAAAAAAUUCGGAGACAGGGUUAAGCAUUGGAUUACACUGAAUGAGCCACUAUUUUAUGACUUAACUGGCUAUGCAGUAGGUUAUGGACCGCCAGGUCGAUGUUCUAAAUGGCUUCAGCUCAAUUGCUCUGCCGGUGAUUCCGGAACUGAGCCGUACAUUGUGGCUCACAACCUUAUUCUUUCUCAUGCGGCAGCUGCCAACUUGUACAAGCUGAAAUAUCAGGCAUCUCAAAAGGGAAAGAUUGGGAUUGUCUUAGCGACAAAUUGGUAUGUGCCAUUAUCAAAGUCUAUACAAGACCUCGAUGCUACUCAACGAGCACUCGACUUUACAAUUGGGUGGUUCAUGGAACCUUUUACAAGAGGAAAUUAUCCCGAUAGCAUGACUUCUUUAGUCAAUGAUCGAUUGCCAAAGUUCACAACAGAGCAGUCAAUGACAAUAAAAGGAUCUCUUGAUUUUCUAGGACUCAAUUAUUACACUGCUUCGUAUGUAGCGAAUACUCCACCAUCAUCUCUCAAUGGCUCAAGAACGAGAUUAAGCUACCUCUCAGAUUGGCUUGGUACCUAUACAAAUGAGCGGCAUGGAGUUCCCAUCGGUCCAAAGGGUGCUUCUAAUGGGUUUAACAUUUAUCCAAGAGGGAUAAGGGAUCUUCUGCUUUACAUGAAAAGGAAGUACAAAUCACAAGUGAUAUAUAUCACUGAAAAUGGAAUUGGUGAGCAGAAUAACUCCACAUUAUCACUUGAAGAGGCCCUCGUUGACACGAUAAGGAUAGACUACCAUUACCACCAUUUGCGUUUCCUAAGAGAAGCAAUUCAAAAUGGUGUUGAUGUAAGGGGAUACUUUGCAUGGUCACUGCUGGACAAUUUUGAAUGGAGUUUAGGUUACACAAUCAGAUACGGGAUCAGUUAUGUCGAUUUCAGAAACGGAUUGAAGAGGUACCCUAAAAGCUCUGCUUUUUGGUUCAAAAAAUUCCUGCAUAAAUGAGUUCAUCUGAUUUUCUAUAUGUAUUUCAGACAUGCAUUAUCCCCUAGUUGUGUAUUUUGUUUUGCCACUCUUUAGAUGUCUUACUCAAACAGUCAGAAUCUUAUAAACUGGCAAUUUGUACCAAACUUCCAAGAUUUCUGCUACUGAAUGUACUCUUGCCUGAUAAUCUGACGGCAUGUAUUACAAGAAAAACCAAUUCUUACUAAUGAAUUAGUAUGAGUUGAA